AUGCUAGACACAGCUCAAAGGUUUGAGCGGGCUUUUGAGAGGUUCGAGGAGCAGGAUCCUUACAUGCUUCAAGAGUUAGAAAAUCUGCCAACAAAAUCUGAUUGGACAAAAGCUAGAUUCUUGGUAAUUUUUUUGGAAAACUUUUAUCAGCUAACUGUGAAGGUUUCCGGUUCCAAAUAUGUGACUUCAAAUAAUUUUUUCACUGAUAUUAGUCACAUUCAUGGCAUUUUAAUUGAAAUGACAGCAAGUGAUAAUGAAGAAUUGAGUUCAAUGGCAAGAUCAAUGAAGGAGAAAUAUGAUAAGUAUUGGGGAAAGAUUGAAAAGAUGAAUAUGCUGAUUUUUAUUUCCUCCAUGCUUGAUCCUCGAACUAAACUUGAAUACCUUGAAUUUGUGGUUUGCCAAAUGUAUGGUGAGUCCGAUGGUACAACAAUAGCUGGCCUUGCAAAAGAUGCAAUGUUUGAGCUGUUUAAUGAAUACAAGAUGCUUAACACACCUGCCUCAAAUUCUGUGUCUCAUGCUUCUUCACUUUCAAGUGAAUCUCAAAGGAGUAAAACUACAUUUUAUGGACAUGGGGAUACCUCUAAAACAAUCACUGACCGGUACAAGUUGGAGUUUAAGAAGAGAAAAAUGGAACUUGGGGAUAGGGAUGCAAAAUCUGAAUUAGAGAAAUAUUUGAAUGAGGAUUGUGAGGAAGAUGAUGAGAGAUUUGAUAUCUUGUUAUGGUGGAAGGCCAAUAGCCUUAGAUUCCCAAUCCUUUCGAAAGUUGCUCGUGAUGUGUUAGCAGUCCCAAUUUCUACCGUGGCCUCCGAAUCUGCUUUUAGUACCGAAGAUCGUGUUCUUGAUACAUUUAGGAGUUCUUUGACUCCUAGAAUUGUGCAAAGUUUAAUAUGUGCUCAAGAUUGGUUUCAGUCCUCCAAAACAGAAUUAAAUGUAGAAGAAAAUCUGGAAGAACUUGAAGCCUUCGAAUCUGAGUUGCUGAAGACCAGAACUGAAUCAACUAUAAUUGACCUUUGA